CUCAAGGCGCCUAUGAGUCAUGCCUGCGUUAUAUCAGAGAGCACGUCCUGCAGGCGCAUAUUAUACUUGUGAUGAGUGAUUUUGAACGCGCAUUACGCAAUGCCGUUCUACAAGUAUACCCAAUGGCUCACAGUACGGGUUGUAAUACCCAUUACGAUCGGGCAAUAUACAGAAAAGCCAAGGUCCUUCAACUCGCCAACGUUCUUCGGACAAAUGACGUAGCGAAAACUUUUUUCAAAAAAGUUUUAGCUCUGGCGUACUUGCCGGCAGAACUAAUAACUACGAAGUUCCGGGAACUACGCAACAAUUUGCCAGGAACACUGAAGACGCAAUUCCGCACAUUUUGCAAUUAUUAUGAUCGAUAUUGGAUCCGAACGGUCAGGCCAGAGGGGUUCAGUGUAUACGGGUUGAGCCGUAGAACGAACAAUAUAAUCGAGUCCUACCACAGCCGGCUUCAACAUCAUUUAGGAAGACGCCCUGGACCAUGGGAUUUUUUAUGCAAAAUACUAAAAUUGCAGUCAAAAAUUCAAACCGAUAUUGCACGAUUAAAAAAUAAUGUGAACAUCGGCCGCUAUGCGAGAUAUUCAACUGUUUUUAAACAAAACAAACUCACAAAAGCAUGGCGUCAAUUACAUAUGCUCGAGAUCACAGUUGAGGAGUUCAUGGAUAAAGCUGCUUCUUUAAAGGGAAACAUCGAUUUUCGUAUGGCACAACAGUUAACUGAACAGGAGAAC